AUGGUUUCCUCGGUUCUUCCUGUUGCCUUGCAGAACAAACUGCUCGGCUACAGCAGGGCCCCCAACGCGCAGUUGGCCGCUCUGAAUCUGGACCUCAUCCGAAACAUCGUAUUCAUACUCUUCUUAUUCCGGUAUAUUCGCAAGACCUAUUACUCUCUUCGCGGGUAUGGCAUUAUCGGUAGCAUUCGCAAUGUCUACGCUGCGGUCCGACUCUUCUUCUAUUCUAUCUUUUUGCGUGCUCCCGGAGUGCGUGGCCAAGUUGACAAGCAAGUGUCAACGGCGAUCGAGAGCCUAGAGAGCAAACUGGUGGCCACUGGGCCGGGCGUUACUCGGUAUCUGACCAUUCCGAAGGAAGGAUGGACGCCCGAGCAGAUCCGUGCCGAACUUGACAAGCUGGCGAACAUGGAGCAUACGCGGUGGGAGGAUGGUCGGGUCAGUGGGGCUGUGUAUCACGGUGGUCAGGACCUGUUGAAGCUCCAGGCGGAGGCCUUCGGGCAGUUUGGUGUCGCAAAUCCUAUCCAUCCAGAUGUUUUCCCUGGAGUUCGGAAGAUGGAGGCCGAAGUAGUCGCCAUGGUCCUCGCAUUGUUCAAUGCCCCUUCGGAUGGUGCCGGUGUCACUACCAGUGGAGGUACAGAAUCUAUUCUUAUGGCCUGCUUGGCCGCUCGACAAAAGGGAAUUACAGAACGUGGUAUCAAGGAGCCUGAGAUGAUCAUUCCUGACACUGCUCAUGCCGCGUUCUACAAGGCCUGCAAUUACUUUGGAAUCAAGCUUCACCGUGUGCCAUGCCCGGCCCCUGAAUACAAGGUCGAUAUUGCUGCCGUGCGACGCCUGAUCAAUCCCAAUACUGUUCUCCUGGUCGGAUCCGCGCCUAAUUUCCCUCAUGGAAUAGUGGACAACAUUCCCGCGUUGUCUCGACUUGCAACUACUUACAAGAUUCCUCUUCACGUUGACUGUUGUCUGGGAUCAUUUGUGAUUGCAUUCCUCAAGAAGGCUGGCUUCCCCUCCCCGUAUGAGGAGGAAGGUGGGUUCGAUUUCCGCCUUCCAGGUGUCACCAGUAUUAGCGUGGAUACGCACAAGUAUGGAUUCGCGCCCAAGGGCAACUCUGUGUUGCUGUACCGGAACAAGACCUACCGCAGCUACCAAUACUUCAUUUAUCCCGAUUGGUCUGGCGGUGUCUAUGCCUCUCCAUCAGUGGCAGGUUCUCGGCCUGGUGCUCUCAUCGCAGGCUGCUGGACCAGUCUGAUGAGCGUUGGCGAAUCUGGUUACAUUAACAGCUGCCUUGAGAUUAUCGGGGCGGCAAAGAAGUUCGAAGCAUCGAUCAAAGAGCAUCCUGUACUGUCCAAGAAUCUUACGGUCGUUGGCAAACCCAUGGUCAGCGUGGUAGCGUUCCAGAGUCAAAACGGUGCUAUUGACAUCUACGACGUUGCUGACGGCCUAUCCGCCAAAGGGUGGCACCUCAAUGCUCUUCAAUCCCCCCCUGCGAUUCACGUAGCAUUCACUAUCCCAACAGCCGCUGCGGUGGAGAAGCUUACCUCUGACCUUGUUGACACGGUCGAGAAAGAGCUGGAGAAGGCUGAGGAAAGGAGACGGCAAGGCAAGGCUUACGUGCUCAAACGCGGCGAUACAUCAGCGUUGUAUGGCGUGGCUGGCAGCAUCCCCGAUAAGAGUAUUGUCAACCGACUUGCAGAGGGCUUCCUGGAUACCCUGUAUAAAGCCUAA